GAGGGAGGAAGGAAGGGAGGGAGCAGCCGGUCCUGCCUCAAGCCGUGGCCGCCGCUUGAGUUGCGUUGUGCGGGAGCCGGCGGGGCCGCCGCCGUUUUCUUCUUCUUCUUCUUCUUCUCCUUCUUCUCCUCCUCCCGGGCAGGGAGGAGCAGCCCCAACCGCCUCCGGCCGGGGAGGAGGGGAGGACCGAAGCGGGGUUUCCCUCCCCACCAUGUCUCCGCCGGGGCCCAGCUCCGGCUAGAGAGCGGCCCUCGCCCAUCCUCAGGGCCGAGCCGCCCAGGAGGCUCCCCCGCCUCGGUCGGCCGCCGUCCCCCCUUCCCGGCCGGCGGCCCGUCCGACUCGCCACGGCGGCCCAGGAGGAGGAGGAGGAGGAGACGGCGACGUGCCAGGAAGGACCGGUCCCCCCAGCCCGGGGAGCCCCAUCGCGCCGGGGCCUGGAGAGGGAGGCCGGCUAGGCCACCGGCCCCGCAGCCGCCCGAAGAAAGGAAGGAAGAGGAUGUCUCAGACCACCGCGGGGGCCGCCCGGAUCCGCCCGUGACUCCCAGGCCGGGGGAGGGAUCGGUCCCUCGGGGAAGAGUCGGGGAGCCUCGCCCUCUUGGGCGGAGAGGCGGGAGCCAGGAAAGGAGGUUCUGCGCCCUCGCCGCCGCCGCCGCCGCCGCCUUCUUCCCGUCCCCACCAUGUCCAAGAUGCCGGCCAAGAAGAAGAGCUGCUUCCAGAUCACCAGCGUGACCACCGCCCAGGUGGCCACGAGCAUCACCGAGGACACGGAGAGCCUGGACGACCCGGACGAGUCCCGGACGGAGGACGUGUCGUCGGAGAUCUUCGACGUGUCCCGGGCCACCGACUACGGGCCGGAGGAGGUGUGCGAACGCAGCUCGUCCGAGGAGACCCUCAACAACGUCGGGGAGGCCGAGACGCCCGGCACCGUGUCGCCCAACCCGCAGCCGGACGGGCAGUCCUCGGUCGCCCCCGGGACGGGCCGGGUCAUCACCGAGACCCCGGCCCAGAUGGCCGCCGCCGCCGCCGCCGCCGCCGCCGCCUGCAGCUCCCGCUUUCGGGUCAUCAAGCUGGACCACGGCUCCGGGGAGCCCUACCGGCGCGGCCGCUGGACGUGCAUGGAGUACUACGACCGCGAUUCGGACGGCGGGGCCCUCGCCAGGACCGGCGAUUGCAUCCGGCACGGCGGCGCCCCGGUGGAGCAGCCCGCCGAGAGGGACAGCGGGCUGGGGGCCACCGGGGGCUCCGGGGCGGCCGGGGACCCCGGCCCCGACCCCUCCUCCGCCACCCCGGCGCCGUUCCUGCAGGCCGAGAUGAUGGGCCAGGCCCCGCCGGCCCAGGCGCACGGUCCGGUCAUGGGGCAGCCGCCCCCGGCAUCCGUGCCCGCCGGACACGACGGGAAGAGCGGACCCCCGGUCCAGCCCGGCGUGCCCGGGCUGCCGCAGCAGGUGCCGCCGGCCGGCGCCUCGGCCGCCCAGCCUCCUCAGCCCUUCGCCUACCCUCCGCCUCGACUCCCCGUCGCCCAUCUCCCGCCCGGCCUGCAGCACGUGGCGGCCCAGCAGGCCGCCCCGGCCCCCUCGGCCGCCCCGAUCCCCUCCGCCGGAGGAGCGCGGCCGGCGGGCCGGGCGGGCGAGGCGGCGGUCCCGGGGGCCGGGCCGGGCGGCCAGGCGACCCCGGGCGCGGCGCGGCCGGGCGGCGGCCCCGCGGGCCCCGCGCCGUCGACGCCCCUGCCGCCGUCGCACCAGAUGGGCGCCGCCGUCCAGCCGGCGGCGAUGCCCGGCGGUCCCCAUCCUCUGGUCCCCGGGGCCCAGGCCGGUCCGAGCGCGCCCGGCGCCUCCGCCGCCCCCGUCACUAUGCCAAAUGUCCCCGUCACGUCGGCCCAGCCGCAGAUGAGCGGCCACGCGUCCCUCGGCAGGGGUCCCGGCGUCGUCCAGCACGUCGGCCUCCCGCCGGCGCCGGGCGGCCCCAACGUCCCGACGAGUCUGCCCCCGUCGAACCUUAGCCAGUUUCAGACUCAGACCCAGCCUUUGGCGGGACAGAUCGACGACACCAGAAGAAAAUCAGAACCCCUACCUCAACCGCCUCUUUCUCUCAUUGCUGAAAAUAAGCCUCUAAUGAAGCCUCUCAAUCCGGAUGCCCUCACAAAUCCCCUCCAUUUACCGGCAACGACUCCCAUGAACAGUCUCGCCAGCUCUGUGUUCAGCAUAUCUAUUCCUGUCGAUGGCGAUGAAGACAGGAAUCCUUCAACUGCUUUCUACCAAGCGUUCCAUUUGAACAAGUUUCAGGGAUCAAAGAACAUCUGGGAUAGUGCAUCUGGUGCAAGCGUUGUAGCCAUUGACAACAAAAUAGAGCAGGCAAUGGAUCUGGUGAAAAGCCAUUUGAUGUAUGCAGUCAGAGAAGAAGUGGAAGUAUUGAAGGAACAAAUAAAAGAAUUAAUUGAAAGAAACUCUUUACUUGAACGAGAAAAUGCACUGUUAAAAUCCCUCUCAAACAACGAUCAGUUAUCCCAGCUCUCCACCCAACAAGCCAACCCUGGUAGCACUUCUCAGCCGCAAACCGUGAUAGCACAGCCUCUGCAGCCAACGCAACCUCCACAGCAGCCGAAUGUCUCCUCAGCGUAAAGCUUUCCGGCCUCGUAAAGAGAAGAAAAAAACCCAACAAAAGACAAAAAAACUGAAGCAACCUGCCCUUGUGUGCCACUGGUGUUCUCUUUCCACUUUAUAUGACAGCAAAUAGCCAUGCUUCAGUUGUGUGUUUGGCCUUUUCAGUAUUAGACAAUCAUCCCACAAAAGCUUUCCCUCAUGUUGAGAUGUCAUGCCGCAGUUGCUGUCCAGUCAUGUCAUCAGUGCACAAGGGAAGGGUGAUAGAUGGAGUUAUUUGUGAUGCAGGGAAAGUCUGCUUCUUAGCCUAGUGUGCAUGAGUGGGGUCGUUAAGAGCUUGGUGGCUCUCCAGAGUUUCCAGUUACCCACGGAUUCCUUUGAGCCUCCCUCCCGUGCAUCUUAAGCAACCAUUCAGCUGAAGAGCCACCGUUCCUUCGAUAUAAGUACCAUUUGCCUACAUUAGUUUUCAUUUAUUUGUGUUUUAUUUAUUACAGGGCUGCUAUUUUCAUAAUGUACAUGAACAAUGUCACAGAACUUUUUUUAAUUUUUUUUUUCAAUAAAUGUAAGUAGCGGUAAAGGAAUUGAUAGACGGGAUUGCAGUUAAUAGAGUAAAAACGUUUAGGCAAUAAUUGAACAAAAGAAUCCUGGCAUUUCGAACACUAAUGGCAAUUGACCUUUGGUAUUUAUUUUCAGUAGUCCAGACCCAGCUUGAAUGUAAAUUUUGUAUAGUGUAAGUAUGAAGACCAUAGUGCAUCUGUACAGGUAGUCCCCGGUUAUUGUGAUAUAAUAAAUAAUUGAUGGGCUAUUUUGAUGAAGAAAUCUUUGCUCAUUUCUGUUUCUACUUUCUAAUAGAGAAAUUGCCAUGAUUCCUCUGCUUUUUGACAUUUCGUAUGACUUUUUUUGGGUGGGAAUAAAAAGCUGUGAAAUUGUUCAACCUACUUUGUAACCAAAGAAGCAAAGCUGUGUAAUGGAUUUUUUUUUAUUUUAUAAUGCACAUUCUUUAUGUAUUUUUAUUUAGUGUUUUCUCAUUCACAAUUUUCUUUGCUGUCUAGCAUGAUCUGCAUGACCUAUAAUCUCUGAACCACUUUCGUACCUCAUGUUUUUAUCCAGCACUCUUAUUGUAAUAUGUAAUAGUCUGUGAACAAUGUCAAAUAAAAAGAACGAACAGCUGGUGUUGGUGGAGCUGAGCUAGUGUGGCUGUCCACUAGUUGUAAAAAAAAAAAAAAAUGAAGUGAGCCAUCUUUUGUUCAUUUAAAAUGGUGUUUUGAAUUUCGUAUGCAGAAAACGUUUUGUUACAUUGCAGAUUUUAAUGUAUUUAAUAAAUGCAACAUGCAGAUUAAGUGCAGUGUAUACUGAGUAUUUAAAUUAAAAAUGUACAUUUCAUAAAAUACAGUUUCAAGAGAAAGCAUCAUUUUGUGUAAAGUAAACUAACACAUUAAGUGUAUGUCAGAAAUUGAUGUAUAAAUAUAUAUUUUAACACAUUUUCUGAAAUUAAACUGCAGUUUUGUUGAA